GCAUAUUACUUCGCACUCCGUAUGAGAAAUUUUUCCUCACCCUCCCGGUUUCGCCCAAAACCAUCGUCAACGAACCCUCGCGACACAGUUUCAAUUAGAGCCGAGCUGGGAAAGCAAUAACGGGAUCGCGGCUUACGGAGGCCUCCGAGACUCCCGUCUUUCUCAUCCUUCCGCUCCGCUUCUACCAGAAACCAUCGAGGAAGGAAGCCUGUUCACGCUAUCAUUCCUCUUCGCUCGUCCGCAGCAUUUUGGGAUUUACGAGAGCUCAGGAUUUAGGCAGGCGUUUUUUUUCUUUUUUCUCCGUCGGGCAGGAUUUAAUUUAUCCUAAAUCCUGCUUAAAACCGGCUACCAUAUAGCCCCUUACAACAAAGAAGCUAGGAAGUGGCUACGGAAGUUCGCUAGAGAAGGUAUAUGAAGGGCCUAUAAAGAAGAAGAGUUCACGAGACUAGUGAAUUUGCUAAAUUCUCACAAUGCCUGGAUUUACUAAAUCUCGAGAAACCAAGCCAUUCGCUGUCCCAGAUGUCGCUAGUUUGAAGCUUCGGAUGGAGAGCGGUGGCCACUGGAGGGUACCGCAGAAGAAAUCUUCUGCCGUCAGGCGCAUAAACCAUCGAAGGUUGAGCCGUCUCCUCGAUCGGUUAGUUGUGAACCACCGGUGGAGAGAAGCCAGCGCGGUUUUGAGCGCUACUUUUGCGGGUUGCCAUCGUUACUACUCCGAGGACCGGAGAAACUUUCUGAUCGCUAUGGAGCUUCAGAAGCGGUUCUGCAGGAAGAGAAACUACCAUAAUUUGAUCAAAUCAACUUAUGAGAUUUGGAUGGGUAAACUAUCCUGGCAUAAGAAAGGGCAUGCGAAGAAACACUUGCUUCAGCUUGAACUAGCACUUUUUUAUCUCAGUCAAGGGAAAAUUAAAGAGGCAUAUUCUCACACAAGAUUUCUUGUUACGGAGGAAUUUGGAACCGAGCCUUACGUUAACUUGAUCCAUGGAUUGAUACUGUAUCAGCUUUGGUAUGCUGAUUUACCUGAGGAGAUGCAAAUAAAAGGUUUUGAUGUUCACCUUUCAUCAGACGCACUUGGGAUGCCCAUGAUUGAUGGUUUUCAGGAAACUGAUAUUGAUGAAAGUUCAAAUGGUCAUGUUGCUGUUGAUAUUGAGAAUACCAAAGCAUCUUUUCAUUGUUCUUCAGAAAGCUCUGUUGGCAUCGAGAAAAUCUUUAUGGUAGGAAAAUAUGAUGCUCUUCGAGAAAAUUCUGUUGAUGCCUUUAAUGCACAGGUCCAUAUUAGCCAAUGCGACGGAGAGGAGAAAGUGCUCCCCAAACUUCGGGAUAACUUUAUCAACACGUCCAUUUUUUUUGCUUCUGAACUGGAUAAAAGAUUGUUGCCUAUACAUAUAAAGCUCUUAACAGAGGAUCCGAUUCAGUCAAUACUGCUGUACCGGAAGUUGGCCAAUGAGAAGUACAGAGAUGCAGUGAAACAUUUGCGUCUUGCUCUUCAUUCAACACCACCAUUGUUGGCUGCAUUGCUUCCUUUUAUACAGCUGUUAUUGCUUGGUGAUCAGGUACAUGAAGCAAUUGUUGAGCUUGACAAGUCCUGCCAUGAGUUAGAUUCAGCACUUCCUUUCAGAUUGAAGGCUAGACUUCUGCAAUGUUUUUGUAGCGGUCAGAUAUCAGUGAUUUCCAGCUGCUAUGAGAGUGCCUUGACGAAGGACCCUGCAUGUUAUUACUCGAUAGAAAGGUUAAUCAAAAUGCACAAAACAGGGAAUUACAGUACAACACCACUGCUGGAGAUGCUAGCUAUGCAUUUAGAUUCUGUCGAUGGGAAAUGCAGCAUUUGGGAAGAAUUUGCUUCUUGCUUCCUUAAACUUCAAACAUCUAUGCUUUUUCACUAUGAAGAUUGCAUUUCAACAAACAAUGGAGCUGCAACAACUAAUAAAUACUGCAACAGAAUACCUACAAUAUUUACUGAAGGAGAAACUGGAGAUACUUGGAGGCUUCGCUGUAGAUGGUGGGUAUCACGCCACUUUAGCAGAAGUAUUUAUCUCUCUGAGAUCAAGGCUGGUGAGUGGAUGCUCUUACAAUUCAAGGCUGCCUGUGCAAUUCAUUUGUACGGUCCAAACUUUGAGUAUGUCACUGCUGUUCUCAGUAGCCUUACACAACGAGGGAAUGCUAGCCAGCUCUCCUACUUACAUAUCCACAUUAAAAAUCCUUUGAAUCUUAAAGAAAAUCUGGCUCACGUUUGAGUGAUUGAUGUCCUGCUCCAGUUUCUAAAGGAGAGAUGCUUUUCUAUUGAAAGAAUCCGCAAUCUUUUUCAAUCAUUGGAUCCGCUCUAUGCGAACCAAAAACAGAGCAGUUGAUUGUGAACACAGAGAAGCAAACGACAUGUUACUACAGAAUCUGUCACCAGGCAUUCAUCCUGUGUUCAGGAGCUAUAUUUUUCAAAUCCUAAACUCUAUACUAUGAAUACUGCAACAGAUGGAAAAUGCUUGGCGUGAGAUAUCCAAAAUGGGAAUAAUACUCGAUGAAACCGAGAAGGUGGACAACCGCGAUUCGACCUUAGCUUUCUUUUGGCAUCUCCUGAAAUCAUUGCAAAGGCAGCCUGCACGAAGGAGAUUAGCUCAGGGAAAUUUGGGUUGCUCGAGGAGCUCUUCUUUAGUGGAUCUUGAUUCCAGAGUUCUUGGCAUGGACUAGUGAGGAAGAGGCAGCCUAAGGGCUGGGCACCUUUGUUGUUGGGAAGAUUUUGCUGCAUCUCAUUAAUAGUAGCAAGGACCUGCGCUACGAUUUAACCUUCUUGGCUGUUACAUGCGCAUACGUUUCCAGCAACGAACCUUGAUGAGUUAUGUAAAUACAUAGGAAUUGAG